AUGUUGAACUCGCUGGUUAAUCCGCUAAUUUACUGCUGGAGACAAAAAGAAGUGAAAAGCUUAUAUUGAAAGUAAGGAAACAGGUUGUGUAUCCACCUAUCCAGUGAAGAAGAGAAAGACCGAAAUUCUUGCUUAUCAUUUAUGUAAACUUAUGCAUUGAAAUUGACCCGAUAAACGAAACUCAUUUGUUAUUGCUUAUGUUAUCAUUAUGGCAAUAGCUUCUAACUAGUAUGCAUUUCGACUGAGCUUUAGAUAACCGAGAAAGAAAAGCAAACAUGGCCAUUUAUAGCGAAGAAUGUUAUGGAUGCUCAGCCUUGCGUACAUGAGAAUUUUAAGCAUAGAAGCUCCUAAGGAAAUAGAUAAGAAUUGCACCCGCGAUAUGUCAUGCUGAAAAAAGAUGGCCAGCGCAAAAGGCGACACAGCAAAUAUUCCUCUGGACGUUUGUACUGAUCAGUAUCAUCAUUAUCAUCGUCGUUUUCUCCCUCACAGUUCCCCUGAACGUGCUGGUCAUAUUGCCCGUGAAAUUAAGACCUCGACUCCAAACUAACAGCAACAUUUUGCUGGCCUCUUAAGCGGUGACUGACGCAUGAAAUGCUCCUCUUGGUCAGCUAUCGUAUAUUCUGAGGAGAAUACUCCAAUCAUCAGGUCUCAACAGCAGUGAAACAGUUCAAAUUUUGCAUUUCAGUGUUAUGGCUACAUUAGUGAUAGUUUUAUGAAUUCACAUAAUGUUGGUUGUUGGUUACUCUUGAGAGACUUUUUACCAUCAAAAUUAUUAUGCAAUGCUCAAACUUAGUCAUUGAUGAUAACAUAUGGAUGGCAGAGCCGAAUUGUAGUUUGGAAAACCAAUUUCACAUGUGGCAUUUUCAUGCGUUAAUGAUGUAUUUAAUUCUACUUUCUAUGGCUGGCUUUGCCACUAUUUUGUGUAUUGUUUUCGUUGCCUUCACUCGUAUGAUUUCAUCAAAAGGUAAAAGCACAGCAACUGCCUGAACUCGAGAAGUGGUAAGAUUUACCAAAGAGAACAGGGCGAACUGUGUCUGUAGUUGAUGCUGUUAUUGUCUGCCUUUUUCCAACAUUUUAUGUCUAUUCUUUUUAGAUACGGGCCUUUAUAGUAUUUGCCCCAUCAAAGAACAAGUGAUACAAACUUGCAGCAUGUUAAACUCGCUUGCUAAUCCACGGAUCUACUGCUGGAAACAAAAAGAAAUGAGAGAGAGCUCGUAUUUAGAAGAAGAACCCAGAUCGUUAAUCUAGCCAUCCAGUAAAGAAGAGAAAUAAAGAAGAACUAAAAAUCCUCAUAAUUUUAUUUGCACACUUUGCUCACUAAUUUUAUAAUCUCCUUUGUUGACGUUUCACAGGAAAACUAUAUUUUAAUAGAAUUGAUUCAUUUACCACAUGCCACAUUCUCGAAAGUAUUACUACAAGUUCUGUACUAUAAAUUCUGACGUAUUUGAUUGGUAAUAAGCCUCAACCUUUCUUUUUUUUUAUCAAACAAAGCUACCUUACAUGAAUCCAGUUCUUCACAGUUCUAUGUAAGCAAUGUUUGCAACUGAAUGUUAUCGCUUUGUUUGUAUCAUAUAAAUGGAAAUAUUAGUUCCUGUUUAAUGGCCGCCAUACAAAAUAGGUGUUAUUUUGUCGACAAAAUAUUUCGUUUUUUGUUUCAUGAAGCUUAAGGCCAGGAAAUUCUGAUACGAGUAUAUGAUUAUAAAACCAAUUACACUCCUCAACAAAAUUUAUGAAGUCCUCCCUGAUUUUAAAUUUUAAUUGACUUCUUAAAAGACCUUUGAAUGAUUUUUCCCAACCUCCCCAAAUUUUUAUGACGAAUGUUAUUUAUAUUUCAAAGUGAUCUUGUUUAUUCCAUGCUAUUGUCAUCGCCUUUAAACGCUUUUAAUUGCCUUCCAUUUAUGACAUUAAUUUUUAGGGAAACUUAAUAAUUUGACAUUUGAAGAUCAUUAAUUAUGGAACGCGAUCUCUUUAAUAGGCAACUCUAAAAUUGGUAACUUGUGGUGUCAACACGGAAGAGUAGAGGAAAUUCAAUUAAUUCAAUUAAGUUUUUUUUCCCUUUAUAACAAUUUCUCUAUUCCAUUGUCAUACUAUGUCACAUUUUUUCUGUUCUUGUAAAGUCAGCAUUUGACACCUAACUUGUCGAAAGGGUUGAUACAAAAGUCAUCUUGAUUGUGCUUAGUGCGUGUUUCUUGCGUCCGAUCCACCGCACACUUAGAACCGAAUGGCGUCGUUGUUGUUUUUUGUUUUCUUGGUUUUUUCUCUCCCUUUUUUCAGUCAGCUUAUAAUCUUACUGAUCGUAUCUCGGUGAGCCAGUAAAAAGGGGAGGUGUGAGUGAUUGUCAGCCAUCACAAAAACAAGUUUGAUUCGCCAACUAUGAAAAGUAAUAGAAUUUUCUCAGAAAAUAUUGUGCGAAAAACCCCUUCCUAGCCAGCAUUCUCUCCUAUACUUUAAGUCAACCCUGUGUUGUGGAAUAUGUCAAUUUCUAAUUGCUCUCUUGGCUUUGAUCUCCCGCCUAAAUAAUCGUAAGAGCGUAACCAUGAAAUGCACGAGAGCGGAGGGAGGAUAUGCGGUGGAAAACCGAUGCUUCAUUUGGUUUAAAGUUAAGCAUUUCCUAAGAAUAACUUUUCAGUCCAUAUUUACGAAACAAUAAAACAAAGCAAAUCUGCCAUGAAAAUGAUUAGUGCAUCAUAAUCAAACGGACUUCUUUCAAGCUCUGCUCAGAGUUAAUCCCAUAAUGUAAAAUCAUGAAAAAAAUAACAGGUCUCGCCAAAUGUGUUUUUAUUAGUCGAAAAUCUUUACAGCCUUCGCAAGCCCAAUUUUUGUAGAAGCGAUCACUAGACAAUAACCUCUAUUUGGCGCGAAAGUAUUCACGGAUGUUUGUCCGCUGACAUCAGUAUAGCGACGCUUGAUCGCCGCUAGCUGGACCGUACGAAUCUCACUGAUCGACACAACAAAUAUCGCCCCAAUUUCUUUCUGUUAAACGCCUCCUUUAUUAAAUGUCGUAUUUGACCGUGAAGCUAAAAAUAAUUGAUUCACAAAAUUAGGGACAAGAAAUUAGCUAUAGAAACACUCGAGGUAAAUUAAACUUACAUUGUUGCCGGAUCUGGCGAGAGUUGACACAAAAAGGACCUUUCCUUCCUUCGAUAAAAACGACAGACAAUUUCUUUCUAUUAAACCACGAGUGCUUGCGAAAUCGAUCGAAUUAUUGAAUUGCACAAUAAAUCCGUUCUGUUUGGAAAUGCGAUACCACUUACGGAACGCGUGACGAGGCACCUAGUGUGACUUUUACAGAUUAUUAAUUAAACGAUUACUAAAUCAAAACAAGGGAUAAACCCGUGCCUUAGGGGCACUUACAAUCAGUCUUCUCGACGCCUUUCAGGUUUUUUUUUUAACUUCUCGACGGUAUAAUGAACUUUGCUUUAUAUUGAGCUAAGUAUUCAUCAUAGUGUCGGUUGAAGUAACAAUUCAGAGCAAGAAAAUUUAUGAAAAUGAAACCGAUCUCAACAUCAAAGUAUUCGAAGGAUUAGUUCACGUUUAGAGCGAAAGGGUCGGAAAAGGAACACUUUUUAAAAAGAGCACUUUCAGCUUCUAAUGCUACGAUGUUAGCUUUAUAAUUGUAAUGCUGUUGAGAAAAUGCAUAGAACUCACAGAUUUUUAUUUAAAAUUUUUACCCGAAUACACUGUUAGGGUUAUGCUUGAUUGUUUCUAAAUGAGUUUACUGGUUUGCGUGUGUUGAACUGACUUUGGAAAAGGGGGAAGACAUUGAUGAGAAGUUUAUUUUUAAGUAUCUUGUGGGAAUAACUGUAUAAAGAUUCAAUUGAUUUUUAUCCUGAUGCAUGAGAAAAACUCAAGUGGAAACAUCAGCAACUGAUGGUCUCAGUGGUACAUCAAAGUCGUAAUCACAAAAAAAAUUUGUCAAGUUAUUCGAAAAAUUGAGUACUUUCUCAUCAGGUUCAGACUGUCAGGUACAAGACAAAUUUAGUUUAAGAUAACUUUCAAAAUCGUUAAAAAAUUCCCCGCAGAGAAGACUAAAUGGAUACAAAAACUUUCAAAAGCCAUACAAAAGAAAACAAAACAACCACAGUUCAAUUCAAUUGAAUUAUCUUAAAGAUUCAGGCAAUUCAUCAUAGAUAAGAUUCUUCUUCAUAUUCUCCCAUUGCAACUUCGUCUGCCCGAUAUUGCUUAUUUCAUUUUUCCUCUAAUCAACCCAAACUUAUAUUUUGUGAUUUCCAACGAAACGAACAACUUCGUCGACUAUACAAUGGAUACAUACGCGAGAAAAAGUCAAGUGGAAACACAUGUACAUGAACAUCAAAUCGCACUUAAUAAGCUAAUUCUGAAAGAGUCGAUCUAUGCUUUUGAGUUGAUUCUCAUUACACUUUAAGUUAGCCAUGUCAAACAACUUUGACAACCCAAUUUAUCAUUCAAUUAGGAAUUACUGCACUUCAGGCGCAAGAAUGGCUAACAUGUGCAUUCGAGAUAAAAGUGGGUCGAUCAGAGCCUCAAAACAGACGCUACAAACGCUCCAGCAAUGGCUAGUACAGCAAAUUUUUCAUGGGAGGCUGGUCACAUUAUCAUUAUCAUCAUCAACAGCAUCAGUGUUCCCUUCACAGUUCUGCUUAACGUCCUCGUAAUAAAGGCCGUGAAAACAAGACCUCGACUCCAAACCAACAGCAACAUCUUGCUGGCCUGUUUAGCGGUGACUGACGCAUUGACUGGUCUCUUUGGCCAAUCUUUGUAUAUCCUGUGGAGGUUAUUUGAGUUAUUUAAUCUCAAAAGCAGCGAAACAGUGGAAGGUUUCCAUAUCGAUGUCAUGUCUGUGUUACUGAUUGUCUCAUGCCUUCAUCUGAUAUUGGUUACUUUCGAGAGGCUCAUAGCGAUCAAGUUUGCGAUGCAAUACUCAAACGUAAUAACUCACAAUAAUAUAAAGAUAGCCGUGACAGUAUGUUGGUUAGCUGCUUUUGCAAUUGCAAUUUUAAGAACAGUAAAACUUCGUGUAGUUUUCAUUUCUAUGUUAGUCCUUGUCAUUUUUUCAUGUAUCGUUUUCGUCGCCUUCACCUAUAUGAUUUUGUAUCAUGAAACCCGUCGCCACCAAAGGAAGAUAAAAGUACAGCAAUUGCCCCAAGAAGAAGUAGAAAGAUUUACCAAAGAGAACAAGGCGCUAAAGACAACUGUGCUAGUGGUUGGUGCUGUCAUUAUCUGCCUUCUUCCUCUUAGUUUCUGUUCUAUCGGUUCAAUUUCAGGCAUUCUUAAUAAUUGCCCCAUCAGCAGAAGAUCGAGGCAAACGUGCGUAAUGUUAAACUCUCUUGUCAAUCCAAUUAUUUACUGUUGCAGGCAAAGAGAAAUGAGGACGUUUGUAUUUGGACUAAGAACCCAGCUUGUGCAUCCAGCUACUGAGUAAAAGGGGGUAAUUUGGCAGAGAAAAUCAAUCUUAAUAAAUCUUGUAAACUGAUUUGAUAGGACAAUAAGUCAUACGAUGAAAAAAAUCUUAAUAACUAUGCGCUUUUUUCAUCGUUUCAUGUAAAUAUUCCUCUUAUCGUGUAUUGAGAGACUUGAACAUUUCCAUUUCACAUGCACUUGUAUCUAUAAUUGCUGCAUCGCUUUAGUAGAUGUUGGUUACUUUCCAGAGGCUCAUGGCGAUCACAUUUAUGAUGCAGAACUUAAGAAUUAAAACAAAUGUUAUCAUAAAGAAAUGAAGGAAAGUAAUUCAGAUGAUAGCUCUAAUUUGUGAGUUUUUUAGAGUGAUAGAGAAGCAAUCGUCAAUGUUUCGCACAACAAAAGGCCUGAUUAUUAUUCCAUGUAUCAGACUGCAAAUGACUAAUUUGAAACAUGCGCUUUCCGACUUCUUGCUUCUUUAAUUUUCGUUUGGUUACAUCACCUUGUAUUCUCAAUUUUUGUAAGUGUAAUUUGAUGAUUGAUGUUGCAUUGUUUAAAGUCAUAUGCAUGUUAAACUAGAAAGCUGUAAUGUUGGAAAAGAUCAAAGCAUCAGAUACAGGCACAUGCCCUUUGUUAGCCAAAUCAUUAUCAUAUAAUUAUAUUUAUUAAUUUACAAAGCGAAGAUAUCAUUUUACCAUUUUCAGCUGUGCACCAUAAUGUUAAAAAAUAAAGCUAAGCUAGUUAAAAUUAUCCAUUUUAGUAAUAGUACAAGUGAUGACAUUUAGAAGUAUUAAUAAUUGAGAAUUAAUUAAUGAGCAACUCGGUUUACUAUGUACAAAGUCUUGUGUGUCAGAGCAAAGCCGUGAGUGGCCUUAAACGAGAGCAAUAAAACCUUGAGAUCUAUUACCAUCUUAACAGGUAACCAAUGCAGAAUUUCAUAAUAAGGUGUCAUAUGGCAAAAUUUUCCUUUUUUAAACACAAGAGGAGCAGUCGAGUUCAGAACUCUCUGGAAUUUUUCUAGCUGACAUGCUGGUAACCCACAUAAUAAGCAAUUAUUGGAUGAGUUUUAGCAUGAUAUCAUGAAUUAGUAAUACCGAGGUCUGAAGUAUCUGCCGAAGCCGAAGGCCGAGGAAUACAAAACACAGACACGAGGUUUGAUCAUUUACGAUAUCGCGCGAAACCGAAUUCAAUUAUUGUUCUAUUAUACAUUUUCUUUCAAAACAGUUAGCAAAUGGAGACUCUUCUCUCUGAGUUUGCUAAAAUUUUGAGAACACUUCAUAGACGAGGGGCUUAGAAAGUAGUAGACUUUGAACUCUACAUGAUAACCCAAUAUCUGCCGCAGAUAUUGGGAUAUCAUGUCUGCUUUACACACUCUUGUCUAAAAACUUUAUGCUCAGAGCCAGAGUCUUCACAGUAAGUCUAUUAUAUAGAGAAUAAUAUUGGGCUAUCAUGUCUGCUUUACACACUCUUGUCUAAAAACUUUAUGCUCAGAGUCAGAGUCUUCACAGUAAGUCUAUUAUAUAGAGAAUAAUACAUGGGCGCGCGUAUAGAUAUGGAAUUUCUCUUCUCGUGUUCAACUCGAUAGCUCAUUCGUUCGCUGCGCUCACUCAUGAGCUAUCGAGUUGAACACGAGAAGAGAAAAUUCAUAUCAACCGUGUAUUAUUUUGUUUAUCAUAUAAACACAAUAGCCCUUCACUGAGAAGAAAACCCAACUUCAUUAAUAAAUGAAAAUAAAUGAAUCGACAAUCCCCGAAUAACAAUAGUAGAGUGCGUUAGCGCUAACUCUUAAGAUGGAAAAAUGCGUCGAAUAAUGAUUACAAAAACAACAAUAGUCGUAAUUUUCAAUUUACAAAAUUCUCUUUUAUUGAAUUUGUCCUUAUCGACAGAGGAGGUCUUUCAGGUAAACGGCCAAAAUCGGCCAGUGGCAAAUCUUCCAGUUGUCGAUUUUCAUUCUCAGCCGAGAGAAAUGCUAACGGAAAAAAAAACUGUAAAUUACUGUAGUGUUUAUGAAGUAUUGAUGGUGAAAAUAACAUUUUCAGAAUAUAUGUAAGUGUGAUUUGAUGAUUGGCGUUGCACUGUAUAAAGUCAUAAGUAAGCUUAAUUCGAAAGCUGUUAUGUUGGAAGAGAUCCAGCAGAAUUCCAUUUGGUAUCUCAUUAUUUCAAAGAAAAUCGUCAUAUAUGCUUAACACUAAUUAAGAGUUCAUUUAAGAUCAUUUAGAACGAAACAAACCGAAAAGUCGCGUUAGUAUCCAUCAGUCAAUAACUUGAUGUUCAAAAACUCUUCUUCUUUCCGUGUCUUUUGCUUACUUUAUCUUUCUUCUAAUCAACCCAGACUUUAGAUUUUGUGAUUUCUAACCAAUUAAUUACGAUCAACAAUUAAACAAUUGAUACAUCCGCGAGAAAAAGUCAAGUGGAAGCAUAUGAACUUGAAAGUGGCGAUCGAUCAAAUGGCCCGAAUAAAAGAUAAUAUCCAACCGGUCGAUCUCUGAAAUUGAAUUACUCUUCAACUCACCAUAGCGAAAUAAAGUGACAGCCUCAUGAAUUAGGAAUUAUUGUACUUAAUGUGCAAGAAAAAGUUGAGAGGGAACACUUGCACGCCAGCAAGACAAUCAAAGCCUCCAAAAAUCCAAAUAUUGAUCAAAAUUUUCAAUUGAUCUUCAUAAGCGAGUCAUUUAACUAAAAAUAUCAAACUUUUCUUGGCAAGGAAACGCUUCAAAGAUGACUAG